ACCUCUAAAGUAAAGUAACAUAUCACCCUCAUUAUUGACACGCUUAAUCUUUGUCCAAGCGCUGCACGGAAUGCUAUGUAGAAGUAUCAAAACAAAUAUAUAAAGAUGCUCUGUGGAAGAAGAACCUAUUCAUUAAUACUAUUUAGUUUAAGGCACAAUUUAGAAAAUGGUGUUCAAUUUUAUAGUGUGUUUCCUCCAAAUUAUGUAAAACCAAUUUAUAAGAAAGAAGAGCAAGAAGCAAUAAUUAAAGAAAAAAAAUUAGCUCAUGUACCAAUAAAACCAGCUUAUACUUCUGAGACAUGUUCUGAAUUUCAUGAUAAACUGGUUAGAAAAUUCACAAAUUAUAUUAUGAGACAUGGUAAAAAAAAGUUGGCCAAGAAAUUAUUAGAUGAAACUUUUGAAAAUAUUAAGAUAAUAAAAUUGAACGAAUAUUACAAUAGCCCACCUGAACGUAGAGAAAAUAUUAUAUUGGAUCCAAAAAUAAUUUUAUACCAAGCUGUAGAAAAUUGUACACCUAUUUUAGAGUUACAGAAAAUAUUAAGAGGUGGAAUAACUUAUCAGGUUCCUGUACCGAUGAAUGAAAAUAGAGCUCAAUUUUUAUCUAUAAAUUGGCUAAUUAGAAGUGCACAAGAAAAGGGGAAUACCGAAAAAUUACCUGAUGUAUUGGCAAGAGAGAUUAUUGAUGCUGCGAACAAUAAAGGACGAGUUAUUAAAAAGAAACAUGAUUUACAUAAGCAAUGUGAAGCAAAUCGAGCUUAUGCACAUUAUAGGUGGUUGUAGAAAAAAGGAUAAAAAUAAAUUUGCUUUUUAUUUGUAGUAAUAAUAUUUAUUUAAUCAAGGGAAUAAAUAUUAUUGAAGAUUA